AUGCAACUACAGGCUUUGCUACCAUUGGCAUUAUUGCUAAUUGGGCAAGGUGAUGUGACCGAGGCUAAGGUUCACACCGCUAAGAUCCAUAAACAAAAGUUGACCGAGGAGUUUCUGGGAACCUUCUAUGAGCAACAUUUGUUGCAUUUGGGCCAGAAGUAUCUGACUCAGUACGAGAACGCGUAUCCGGAAAUCUCGUUCUCGAGAAAGCACCCAUUUUUCGACGAGGGUAACCACGACGUUCCGUUGACAAACUAUCUGAACGCUCAAUACUACACGGAUAUCAGUCUAGGUACUCCGGCUCAAAAUUUCAAGGUUAUCUUGGAUACUGGUUCUUCAAACUUAUGGGUCCCUAGUGUAGAAUGCGGUUCUUUGGCCUGCUUCCUACACGCCAAGUAUGACCACGAUGCUUCUUCGAGUUACAAACCAAACGGCACUGAGUUUGCCAUUCAGUACGGUUCCGGAUCUCUAGAAGGUUACGUUUCGCAAGACACUCUUAGUAUCGGUGAUCUAACCAUCCCGAAGCAGGAUUUCGCAGAGGCCACCAGCGAGCCUGGGUUGGCCUUCGCUUUUGGUAAAUUCGAUGGUAUUCUCGGUCUAGCCUACAACACCAUCUCGGUCGACAAGAUUGUGCCACCUUUCUACAACGCCGUCGACCAAAACCUGCUAGACGAGCCUAGAUUCGCCUUCUACCUAGGUGACAGCUCCGCAUCUGAGGAGUCCGAAGCUGCUGGAGGCGUGGCCACUUUUGGUGGUAUAGACAAGUCCAAAUUCAAAGGUGACAUCGCCUGGCUGCCAGUUCGUCGUAAGGCCUACUGGGAAGUCAAAUUUGAAGGUAUCGGUCUGGGUAGCGAGUUUGCCGUUCUAGAAGGGCACGGAGCCGCUAUCGACACCGGUACCUCUUUGAUUACAUUGCCAUCAGGCUUAGCCGAGAUCAUCAACUCCGAAAUCGGUGCCAAGAAAGGCUGGAGCGGACAAUAUACAGUCGAUUGUGAAUCCAGAAAGAGCUUGCCAAACUUGACCUUCAACUUCAACGGUAAGAACUUUACCAUCGGUCCAUACGACUACACGCUGGAAGUUUCGGGCUCCUGUAUCUCGGCCAUCACCCCAAUGGACUUCCCUGAGCCUGUCGGUCCAUUGGCAAUCGUCGGUGAUGCGUUCCUCCGUCGUUUCUACUCCAUCUAUGAUUUGGGCAACGACGCGGUCGGUUUGGCUGAAGCCGUCUAG